AACGCUGCCGGCGUCCGGGCCUUGGAACGCUGCGUCGCCCGGCGUCGUUCUGUAGCAUAAAGCACACUAAAGACCUUCGCGUUUGCUUUUGGAACGUUGUGUUUGAACGUUCUCCAGUACUUCGCUCCUAUCGGGGAAAAUGAGCAGCGCCGGCGGCAGCGGGGAGCAGAGUGCUGAAAACGACGGCACGAAAACGACAGCGCUCCGUGCUUACCCAACGCUGCCUGUCUGGGUGGUGGAGGAUCAUCACGAUGUUCUUCCUUUCAUCUAUAGAGCCAUCGGUUCAAAGCAUCUGCCUGCCAGUAACAUCAGCUUGGUCCAUUUGGAUUCCCACCCAGAUCUCCUUAUACCAGUGGACAUGCCAGCAGACACUGUAUUUGACAAAGAAGCUCUGUUUAGUGAAUUAAGUAUUGAAAACUGGAUUAUGCCUGCUGUUUAUGCUGGCCACUUUUCAAACGUUAUAUGGCUACACCCAGCUUGGGCUCAACAAAUUGAAGAAGGGGGACAGGCCUUUUUUGUGGGUAAAGAUAUAUCUACCACUACAAUAAGGGUCACAAGCAUUGAUAAUUACUUCCUUUCUGAUGGCCUUUACGUAUCUGUUGAUCAGCUGGAGAACCCGAAGCCUUUGCACCUGAAUGUCUGCCUCGUUAAUCCCACCAGAGUCUCGGACAAAUGGACGGAAAGUGGAGCCCCGCCUUCUGCUAAACUACCCAAGAUAAGCGAGGGUGAUGCUGCAAAUGCAUCUGUUGCCUCUUCGUCGAAGGAUAUUGGUGUGCUUGCCCACACUUGCACAGAGAUGGAGACUGAAGGGGUAGAAAAGAGAAUCCCGGUGCUUGACAACUCAGCCAACAUCCAGGGUUCCUCAGCAUCCUGCUCCUUCGGGAGCCAUACGUGUCAAACGACAGAGCUUGUGAAAGAAGUUCUCCAAGCUUUGCAAAGGGGUGCCACAUAUGUGUUGGAUAUUGACUUGGAUUUUUUUUCUGUUAAGAACCCUUUCAAAGAAAUAUACACUCAGGAAGAAUACAAGAUCUUACAAAAAUUGUACAGUUUUACGAAGCCUAGAAGUAUUGCGUUAGAGGAGGACUUGCUAGAAUGCGUUGAGAAUCGGAUCCACCAAUUAGAAGAUCUAGAACUAGCUUUUGCAGACUUGUGUGAUGACGACACUGAAGAGACUCUGAGAAGAUGGGAGCCAAUUCCUCGAUGGAAACCUCUAGUUCAGCUUGUGCGUAGCCUGAAAAACCGGAUGGGGACCCCUGACUAUGAAAUGGUCCAUCAGGCUGGGCUCACAUGUGAUUACUCGGAAAUUCCUCACCACAUUAGCACUGAGCAAGAGAUAGAGGGCCUCAUGCAGUCUGUAGAACACCUCCUGAGAAACUUGCCAAAGCCUACUCUUGUGACAAUUGCCCGGUCCAGUUUAGAUGACUACUGCCCCCCUGAGCAAGUUGAGCUCAUACAAGAAAAGGUUUUAAAUGUGCUGCACUCAGUAUAUGGUCUGCUGGAUGUCCAUUUAGAGUACUUGCAGAAGUCAUGUCCGACUGGAACAGAUUCUUCUUCCACAGCAUGAUCGAUGCCGCUGUAGUUGUGGCUGCAAGAGUUUAAUUCAGCAAAAAUCCUUUUUCACUCUACAAAAUGAGAAGGGUAUCACAUGAGUGAGCUUGGUCUACAUUUGUGACUCUUCAUUGUUGACUUUUCACUCAGGCUUUUUCUUUUCUUUUUUCACCUGAAACUUUCUGCUGUGGUUACUUGUGUGCAUUUUAGAUUUGCUUGGAAGAAGGAAAAAUGAUUGGAAAAUGAUUUUUCUAUAUUUCAAUAGACAACGCUGUUAUAAGUCAGCCAGUACUUGAGAAAAGGCUGUCAGAGUUUCCUUUAUCUUUGUUUUUGAAUAGAGUUCUCAGUGAAUGCUUAUUGACAAUAUUGCAUAAAUAUUUUCAUUUUGCUGUAAAGUACUGACCAUACCCCGUUGGUUGGUUGGUUUGCUUGUUUUGGAUUGUUCAAAUAAUUUGGGUGCUUUUAUUGUUUAUCUCAUUCUAUCCCUUCUUCCAAGAAACUCAUGGUGGCCUUCAGGAGGUUAUCAUAAGUGCCCUAGGUUUUUCUCAACUUUAAAAUUGCAUCGUUUAAAAAAAAAAAUUCUUUGAUUUUGUCUUGA